AUGCCACCAAGUAAAAAGCCUAAUUUCCUACUUAUUAUCGCAGACGACCUUGGUUUUUCUGACCCAUUUGGCAAUGAUAUCAACACGCCCAAUCUAGAUAAGCUGGCGAAGAAUGGCCUCACACUUACAGAUUUCCAUACAGCGUCUGCUUGCUCGCCAACAAGGUCUAUGUUAUUAAGUGGAAAUGACAAUCAUUUAGCAGGUCUUGGUCAGAUGGCAGAAUUUGCUAGAAACUAUCCAUCAAUAUGGAAAGAUGAAGAAGGUACUGCGAAACCUGGUUACGAAGGUGUUCUCAACUAUCGUGUCGCUGCCCUACCUGAAAUACUUAAUCAGCCGGAUCCACAGACAGGAAAAGGUGUAUACAGGACGUUAUUAAGUGGUAAAUGGCAUCUAGGCCUCACUGAGCCUUUCCUACCAUCAAACCGUGGUUUCGAGCGCUCAUGGGGUCUACUUCCCGGUGCAGGCAACCAUUUCAAGUAUAAUCCUGAUGUCGCGCUCGGCGUACCUGCUACCAAAACUCUCUGGUCUGAUAAUGGGAAUCUUUUCAGUAUGGAUGAUUUACCAGAUUCCUUCUAUAGCACCGAUGCUUUCACGGACAAGCUUAUUGAGUACUUAGAUGAGGAUUAUGAGCGUCCUUUCUUCGCUAUGCUCACUUUGACAGCUCCUCACUGGCCCUUACAAGCACCGAGGCACCUUAUAGAAAAAUACAAAGGACGUUUUGAUGAAGGACCACAUGAGCUUAGGAAGGAGCGUCUGUUACAAUUACAUAAGCUUGGACUCAUCAGUGAUAACGCAAUCGCAAGAGCUCACCCGAUUAUCGACACCUAUGGAAAAGGAACUUGGGAUAGAUUCACUGAGGACGAAAAGAAGAGGUCAGCCCGAACAAUGGAAGUAUAUGCGGCCAUGGUUGAGUCUAUUGAUGAAAAUGUUGGCCGUUUAUUAAAACAUCUAGAAGAUAAAGAGGAACUUGAAAAUACGUUCGUAGUUUUCAUGAGCGAUAAUGGUGCAGAGGGUUCCCUCUUGGAAGCUCUUCCUAUUCUAGGCGAACGUAUACAAGAAUCUAUUGAAAAGGCUUUCGACAAUUCGUUCGAGAAUAUUGGCAAUGGUAACAGUUAUGUUUGGUAUGGUCCUGAAUGGGCGCAAGCAGCAACUGCUCCAAGUCAACUCUACAAGGCAUUCACAUACGAGGGCGGUAUUCGUGUUCCAUUUAUAUUGAAUUAUCCCCAAGGACAUCCAUCUUUACAAGGUGGUGCAGUAUCACACGAAUUCACUACAGUUAUGGAUCUUGCACCUACUAUCCUUGACCUAGCCGGUAUUGAGCACCCUGGUACGGAAUUCCAAGGUCGUCAAAUAUAUCCAAUUAGGGGAAAAUCCUGGAGUGAAUGGUUACACAAUGCGGAAGUACCACCUCACAAUGAGAACACAAUCACUGGAUGGGAGCUAUUUGGACAACAAGCCAUCAGAAAAGGUCAUUGGAAGGCUUUAUAUGUACCUGCACCAGCUGGAAGCGAGGAAUGGGAGCUAUAUAAUCUCAAGGAAGAUACAGGAGAAGUUACGAAUCUUGCUAAGACUGAACCCGAAAUAUUGAAGGAUCUUAUAGCGCACUGGAGCGUGUAUGAGGCUGAGACUGGUAUGGUGCUGCCUCCUCCGAAAGCGUUUGCCGAUCACAAGGGGUAUAUUCCGGUUUUAACAAAGUAAAAUGUUGUGUAAAAUAAGUAAAAAAGUAAAUAUAUCUAUGUAUUAGAAGACAUUUACACGUCUAUUUGGA